GUCUUUUGGAAAUGUCACACGCUCAAAGAUCGGAACCGGAUGUGGUCAUUGAAAAUAUUGCACCGCGUUAGGUGUGCCCAGCCAUGGAGUCGACAGAUAAGAACAAUGCUAUAAAGCUAUUUGUGGGGAACCUGGCGUUGGACACCUCUCAGGAGGACCUGACACAGCUCUUUGGACCAUACGGACAGGUGGUCACCUGUAGUUUACUCAGGCAGUUUGCCUUCAUCCACCUCCAAGGAGAUGGUGCUGCUGAUCGAGCCAUAAGAGAACUGAAUGGACGGGAGUUCCAUGGCCGCAACCUGGUGGUUGAAGAGUCCCGCGGACGGCCCCUGCACUCCACCAAGGUGUUUGUUGGGAACCUUAGUGCCAUGUGUUCUGCUGAGGACCUACAGGAGCUCUUUCAGACCUUUGGGAAAGUUCUGGAGUGUGAUAAGGUCAAAGCGAGGCUCUCUUCCUCGGCGGGCUAUGCCUUUGUGCACAUGGAGCGUAAGGAGGAUGCGCUGCAGGCUAUUGAGGCUCUCCAUGGUACCACCUUCAAAGGCAGACCGCUCUCUGUUGAGCUCUCCAAUGUGCAGCCCAGUAAACCCACCACAACUACAGCCAAGGUCCCCAUCAUGAGUCACUAUGCCAAUGAAAGCCCCUCCAUCAAGCCCCAUAUGGAGCACCACCAGAGUCAGGCUGCUGUACUGGCUGCUGCGGUUGCUGCAGCUGCAGGUCUGCCUCUUCAGGUGCAGCAGAGCUUGCACAACUCUGUCUACAACACAACAAGCUUUGAUCCCACUUACGCUGCGCUUAAGGGCAUGACGGCAGCCAGCGCCACAGAUGGUACCCCAGUGAGCCCUGCGGUCUAUGGUGCCCUCGCCAGCCAGGUGUACGGCUCUGUAGCAGAUCAGGUAUACGACUCUAUAGCGAACCAGGCCUCCAGCUAUCAUAAUUCAGCCACACCGGACGCAGCAGGCUACAAUAACCAGUACGACACCACCGCUGGAGAGGCAUCGUCAGCCUAUGGCUCCAUGGGGGGCGCAGACCCCAGUGCCCAGGCCAUCUUUGAGGCAGCACGGGCCCGCUUCUUCCAGCAGGGCCAGCAGGUUCUAGCUGAGCAGCAGAUGGGGACUAAGUCAGGGGACAGGGACCGUAGCCCAGUGCGGCGCUCCACCCCACUGCUGCCUGACCCGGUGCCCCAGCCCUUCCCCCAGCCACGCCCCAAACGCCGUGCCCUCCUCCCAACGCCACCCGGCCGACCAGAGGACCCUGCUGCUGCUGACGGAGACCCCAUUGCCAGAUGCUAUGCAGAGUACUAUCAGCAGGUCCAGCAGUACCAACAGUACCAGCAAUACCAACAACAGUACCAGCAGUACCAGUAUGGCUACCCACCUCCAGCCCCGACCCAGAUGCCCACCCACCAGAUGCCCAUGCAGGCCCCGCCCCCGACGGAGGCCCCACCCCCAGCGCCUGCCACCUACGCCCCAGCUAGAGCGUAUGAGCCGCCUCCAUCACACAAGGAGCCCCUCCUCCGCCGCCCUGACUACUCCCACCUUCACAUGCCAGAGCCCCCCUACCGAUAACCCUUUAGAUUGCCGUGUGUAUGCGAUCGUGUGUGUGUGUGGGUUUUGAAUGCUGUAGUUCUGGUCCGAAUGUGCAUCACUGCAAGUUUGCCCAUUUUAUAAAUCUCCUGUUCUGCAGCUUUUUGUUUCUGAACACAUUUCUAACUAGUUAAUUUUACUUUAUUUUAGGCCUGGUCUUGAUAAGAAAGCUGCCCCACAAGACAGUAAUUUGUAUUGGGAAGUCGUUAUGGUAGUAAGUGUCUUCAUGAUUGUGUUGCGUACUGGGUGCUCUAUAACGACAAGUAUCCUUAUUCAACCCCUACAUUUAGUUUAGCAAAACAGAAAUGGUCAAAUUUGCAAAAAUAUUCAUCCACACCAGAGGAGUGCCUUGUUAAAAGCCUAGCUGAAAUAUUGAGUAAAAUAAGUUUGUGUAUAUGUGGACAUAGAAAGGAAAAGCCCAAAUCGAUCCAUGCAUUUUGUUAGCAGGCCCUUGCCUCUGUCCUCGAGGUGACUUUGGCUCGUCCAAAUUAACCAUUAGUUCACAUGUAUAUAGGAUAACUUUAUUUUUCCGUUUUCCAGAUUUCGUUUUUUAAUUUGUAUUGCCUUCAUCGAAGACUUCAUAUGAAAAGUCAAAUGUUCCAGCAUAUGUAGAUUUCUGGGUAAUAAAGUGGUUAUUGUGUUUUUAAAAGAUUUAAAGCAAGGGGCAAAGUAGCUUUACAUAAGGACCGGUGUGAGUGAGUGCAUAUAUGUACGUGUGGGCAUGUGUAAACAAUCUAGGGGAACAAUGUAAGCAUUUUUUAUAACAAUCACAGGAACACACAGACACACACAUAGACCUCAGACCAAGACUUUCUCUCCAUAAAGUGUGGGGCUUUGGGAGAGACGCUCGGGCGCUUUACUGCACCAAAAUGACAAGUCUGCUAGAGUGAUAAGCAAAACUCCCGUUUUCCUUGCACACAGUCGGCCUCUGGGAAUGUAGUUCUUCCCCAUGUCUCACAUUACCUUCUGUUAGAUCUGAUCAAACCUAUCAGAUAGAAAGACCAACAAAGCAGACCAUUUUAGUAUCUGACAGUCUAACUCACAUUUUCUUGGGGAACUAGUUUUUUAUUUGCAGACAGUGAUACGUGAAUGCUUUCCUCUGCUGUUAUACCAUGAAUACUAUCCUAGUGACUUUUAACUGGUCUAAACGUAAAAUGGAGAUGUGGAAAGCCCUGCUGGUGGCAAGUGCAUGCAGAAGGCUUCCUUCAAGCAUGCCUUUCAGGAUCUGAGGGCAUUCAACUGCCAUUUUGGGCCUCACCUUCUUUUCUCCAAAGGAUAAAAACUAGUAGGCUUUUCACACACAGUACAUUGUGUGGUUUUGACUGUGUACAGGACAAACAUUUGACGGUUUUAUUUUUCUUUGUUUUCUGUUGGUUGAAGUGAAUUUUCUGUGCGAUCGUGGUAGUCAUAUUCUGUAAGCGUGUUUACUUAAAUUGGACCAUCAAAUUCAUGAACUGUCUCAAAUGGAAUGUGGAGCCAUUAGGCUCCCCAGGUUUGAGCGAAACAUAUUUGUUCCUAUUAUUGAAACGUUACCACUCAAGCUUAAGUAAUGAAAGUAGGAGUGAUUUGGUUUGAGAAUAAAACGGCACCAUGCGACUGUAAUUUUUCUAAAUUAAAAUGGGAAAUGUUAGCCCCAUCGGCUUAAUUAUUAGACAUGCGAUUAAACUUGCUAUAAAAUCGUU